CGUUCGCCGUGAAUCAUGGGAACAUCAACACGAACGAGAGGCUGAACUUCGGACUGUGGUGGUUUUUUUUCCCUGCCUUCCGCAACUUCCGGUUAAUGACUUUAAUGGUCACUAAGAUUAAGAAGAUUUUGAGAUUGUGUUCAAUAUUGGACCAUAAAUUGAUCUAACAGUUAUCAAGUUUGAACCACACAUGGUAGACUUCAGGUGAACAAGUUGGAAAGUGUUUAUACCAGCUAAAGUGAAGGUUCUUCCAACAACACCAUACACAUAAGGAAAGAAAAACAAGAUUGAAAAACGGUGGAAGAACUCAUCCCUUAUUAUUUAAGGGGCCUUAAUUAUGAUCUCAGGAAAGCCAGAACCUUCACAGUAACUGAAGUUACAGUAAACUUGCAGUUGGAUUAGUGGCUCUGCCUGGAACAUGGAUGCUUUUGAGGGUCUCCACAGUGUCCAGCUGUCCUCCUCUCCGCCUGCCUCCGCCUGCAACCCGGGGUAUGAGGUCCUAGUAUCAGCUAGGUCUGGUGUCCAGGUAUACUCCAACCCUACGUUCUAUGGAAAACCCAGUGUUCUGGAGCAUGCACAGCGGAGAGGGAGAGACAAAUAUCCCUCCUACCGAGAGGACACUGAAGAGGAGAGGUGUGAGGUUGCGAGGUUGGUAGACCUGGAGCCCGGUCCGAGCCCCCGGGUGGACGGUGGUGGGCCGGCUGACCCAGGUUCCACCAGGCCCCAGGAGGGAUCUGUUACCCAGGCCUGGAGCCAGAUCAGGGGUAGGGAGGGCAGCAGGCUGGAGGGUAAUACCCAGCUGGAGGCUGCCCGUGGCGGGGAGCAUGAGGACGACGUGUCCCGCCUCCGGAGCUCUUCCCUGGAGAUCAGAGAGAAGGGAUCAGAGAUCCUACGGGAACAACUGGAUGCUGCACAGCAGGAGCUGAAGCUGAAGGAUAAGGAGUGUGAGCGUCUGUCGCAGGUCAGAGAUCAGCUGGAACAGGAGCUGGAAGAACUCACUGCCAGUCUAUUUGAGGAAGCUCACAAGAUGGUGCGUGAAGCCAACGUGAAACAAGCUGCAGCAGAGAAGCAGCUGAAGGAGGCUCAGGGCAAGAUUGAUGUCCUUCAGGCGGAGGUGUCAGCGCUGAAGACCAUGGUCCUGACCUCCACCCCGUCUUCCCCCAACCGCCAAGCCCACCCUCAGCUCCUCUCCCCGGGCACUAGGUCCAAGGGGGCCAGCCCCCGCCAUGGAGGAGGACACACGCGCAACAAGAGCGCCAGCUGGGCCUUGCCAUUGGCCCCUGGUGGGAACUUAGACCCCCCCUCUGUCUCCCUGCAGCCAGUCAGAGAGGACAAAGAGCCUACGGUUCCUGCGCUCCUCUCUCUGAUUUUGUGUCUGGUUCCGGGCCACUCGAUCUCUGUGACCUAUGAACCCUACUGGGCAGAGAAGGGGGAGGGGCCACGCUCUCUCAGCCGACAGAUGGACAACGUGCUGUAUGCAGAGUUCCUGACCUGGAAAGACAGACCAAGUCUGGACAGAAAGUCAGCCUUCCUGGGCCGUAUCUACAGAGAGGACAUCGACCCCUGUCUCUCCUUCACCGAAUCUGAGUUGUCUCAGUCGGUGCAGAACGCAGUGGAGAACAACUCGCUGACCAUCGAACCAGUGGCCGUGUCCACUUUACCCGUGGUCAAAGCCAACGCCGUAGAGUGUGGCGGACCCAAUGGCCUGAGAGCAGCAGUAGAGACGAAGUGUGCGUUGAGUGGCUUGUCCCGGUCCUGUAAGCAUCGCAUCAAACUUGGAGACCGAGAGAGUUACUACUACAUCUCUCCCUCCAGCAGGGCACGGGUACCCAAACAUAUCACAGCUGUGUGUAAUUUCUUCACCUAUAUCCGCUACAUUCAGCAGGGCCUGGUCAGACAUGAUGCGGAGCAGAUGUUCUGGGAAGUGACACGUCGACGGAGGGAGAUGACUGUGGCCAAGCUGGGCUUCUACCUCACAGACACAGACCAGGGGUAGAAGACAGACUAGAGGAGUCUACGUCACCGUCGACCUGGGUCAUGUUCAUUAGGGCGCACCGUAGCAAAAAUGUUGUGCAACGGACCAUUUUUUUUUUUUUUUGCAAGCGCUUCGUAUUGGACAAGUUCAGAUAUUACCACUCGUUUAGGGACGCUUUCUUCCGUUUCAUGCCUACUGAACACGACCCUGGGCUAGAAGACAGGAGACACCAAUCAGCUGUACAGAGACACAAGAUAACUAGUACCCUUUUUACACUGUCCUGAUAAUCCAACCCCAAAACAAACUGGGCUGGUUUGGCUCAGUAGUGUGAAAAGUCCUCAGGUGGACACGUGGGGAAAACACAGAAACCAGAACACUGAUUUUGAGUAGGAGAGCGAUUUUCAAGUGUGUCUGACAAGGGAAGCAGAAAAUGCUACAGUAAAAAAUGACACCACUAGCUUUGCAAUUAGAUUAGCCUCGUACAAAUCAGCCCGAUCUGGUGAGCUACACGGUAGAGAAAAACCAUUGUAGCAAAACAGAAUGUAAGCUUGUGAGAUCAGUAUAGUUCGUACGACGCUAGCAGUUAGAGCUAUGUACUUUAUAAACUAGCACAAUAUUAUAACACUACUACAAAGAACAUGCAAUGGAUAGCAUCUUUAAAAGGACAGUAGCGUAUAUGUGAAAAUGAAUCAAUAUACCAUAGAAAUUCUGUAAUUAUUAUAGUUAUUAUGUAUAAUUGACAAGUGGUCACAGCUGAUCUCAGUCGGCACAGAUUGAAACUAUAUACGCAUGUGUCAUGCUGCCACGGAAACACUAACAUGGGUUGAAUCCUAACUGGUCAGUUUAAUCACACAGAUGUUUUAGGUUGGAGUUCUGACCAAUAGAGAACUAUGCUGCUCACUUUUCAUUCUAACAGCUGUCCUAUGGUACCGGUGUACUGGUCCUGCAUGUUGUCGUCUCCUCUCACCUUAACAACCAGACUACGUACGUGUUGUCGUCUCCUCUCACCUUAACAACCAGACUACGUACGUGUUGUCGUCUCCUCUCACCUUAACAACCAGACUACGUACGUGUUGUCGUCUCCUCGCACCUUAACAACCAAACCACCCAUUACUUUGCCUUAACCUUGAUAAAUUAUUACACUACGUUGUAAAUGCCUUGCACGGCUUAUAUAGGAAAAACACCUCGACUGAGAAUGGGUUAUGGAAGGGAAGUAUUCACUCAGUGUGGAUAUAAAAAGAAAAAUAGCCGAGUCUGUUUUAGUACUAACCAGUUCAGAAGUAGUGUGUGUGUUGCAGGUACACAAAGUAAAAACAUAGUGAGUUAUCUGAAAUAUCCUUGUCUUCACUCUGGGUCCUGUGACCACUUAGCAACGACUAUCCUAGAAAUUAAGGAUACUUUUUUUUAUUUUUUAUUAUUAUAAUAAUUUUUUUAAAUAAAUAUAAUGGAGUUAUAAAACAAUCAUAGAUGACUAAGCAAUAAGUAGUUUCUCCUCCUUCCUGACACUACCGAUUUUUAAAAAAAUAACUAUGUAGUUGGGAGAGAAAACAGCUGUAAGUGACUGCAGUCUGUUAUGCACAACCUUAGGUGAAAAUUGCACUCCUGCAAAAUGUUAUUGAAAUUGCUCUCCUGUUGUGUAUGAUAAUGAUGUAUAAGCCAUACAUGACCAUGAAUUGUGUAGCUUUGCAUGGAUACAUAGCCAUUGUGUGUACAGGUGUGUGUGUGUGUGUGUGUGUGUGUGUGUGUGUGUGUUCAGCAGUGAUGUUCCAUAACUCCAAACACUAUAGUGUUGAUAUUAGCCAUAUCUUGCAUGAAAAUCUUUAUCAAACUAAAUGAAGAAUAUCGGAAGUUUGAAAGUGCAAUAACAGCUUUGUUCUUACAGCCAUUUUAUAUGAGUUUGGAAUCCUUGACUUAUUAUGUCAAUAAAACAACCAGUAUGAUUGUA